CUCUCUCUGUAAAGAGAAAACAACUCAGCUGCCAGCUCCCAUCUGAAAGGAAUUCCAUGAUCCACAAGAGACUGAGAGAGAGACAGACCCACAGGCCACAAGGCCACCAAGUUGAUUCAAAUUGAUCUGGGUCAUCUACAGAUGUACUAGGACCAAAGAAAAACAAAACAAAUAAAAAAAAAAGGAGAAAAAUAUAGUUCCCCACCCUCCCUAUAUGAUCAUGGAUGGUGAAAAUGGGAUCCGCAGGCCAAACUUCCCAUUACAGUUGCUAGAGAUAGAGAAAAAGGAAGAAGAAGCAGCAUGUUCCAGCUCCCACUAUACCUCUCUCUCCAUACCCACCGGCGAACCAAGUUCAUCUACCCUCUCAGCCAAUUCCACUGCUCUCCAAUUACCUCCGGAGACACCCAAGAACACCAACAAGCCACCACCCAAGCGCACCUCCACCAAAGACAGGCACACCAAAGUCGACGGCCGAGGCCGCCGGAUCCGCAUGCCCGCCGCUUGCGCCGCCAGGGUUUUCCAGCUCACUCGGGAGCUAGGCCACAAGUCCGACGGCGAGACCAUCGAGUGGCUUCUUCAACAAGCCGAGCCAGCCGUCUUCGCCGCCACCGGGACGGGUACCAUUCCCGCAAACUUCACGUCGCUUAAUAUCUCUCUUCGAAGCUCUGGGUCUACCAUGUCAGCGCCUUCACACUUGAGGAGCGGUUAUUUCAACCCUAGCUUCUCGACUGUGCCACAGUACUUGAGGAAUACAUUGGAAGAGACUUCGCAGAGAAGGGCUUUGUUCCCUAAUGUUGCGUUGUCAUCAUCGGAAAGUUCGUCUAUGCUUUUGAAUUUCAACUCAACUACUACUGGGAAUGUGAAUGCAACAUUACAGGCAAAGCAAGAGUUUGUACGUGAGGCGCCUGGCCUGGACGUAUAUGCAGAGUCCGAGGGGAUCAGCGUAGGGAGAAAGCGAAGGUCGGAGCAAGAAUAUCUGUCACAAAGCCAGAUGGGCAGCUAUUUGUUGCAAUCCAGUGCAGGACCGAUUCCAGCUGGUCAUAGUCAGAAUCCGGCGGCGUUUUGGAUGGUGACAAACCCGAGUACGAGUGGAGACUCCAUGUGGACAUACCCUUCGGGUGGUAAUACUACUGGUAUGUAUAGGGGAUCUAUGUCUAGCGGGCUGCAUUUUAUGAAUUUUGCUCCUCCAAUGGCUCUGACGUUGCCAGGCCAACAAUUUGGUACCGGAAUUGGUGGAAUGGGUGGUGGCGGCACUGUCACGGACAGCCAUUUAGGAGUUCUUGCGGCGCUCAAUGCCUAUAGGCCUAUUGUCAGUGCCGGUGCUUUGGAGUCUCCGGCAAGUACUGGGACGCAUCCCCAUCAUGCAGGGGGAGGCGACGGACGUGAUACUACUAGUCACAAUUCCUAGACCGAUUACGCAUAUAAUGUAUGGUUCAAUUUCAUUUCAUCUACUACUUUUCUAAGUAUAUAUUUUUGCAACAGCAACAAGGCGCAAGUUUGAUUGCUUUUGAAGUUGAGUUUCAUAAUUAUAUAUAUCUUGUUUUGGUUUGGGUUA